UCAAAGCAUCAAACGUAAAUCUAUAAUUGAUUUUUGGAUAAAUAAUCAAAUUUGGUAGCACCGAUUUUAAAUUGUUAUAUAAAUGGGAAAUUUGUUUCAUAUUUAAUAAACUAUUUUAGAUCUUUGUGGCUGUAGUUGGUUAAGUGAUGAAUCGAAGUGCUUUCUAUCAAAGCCCACUUGAUUCUUACCCUCCUCUAGCCGUUGAAGAAAAUCAGUCCAUUGGUCACAGCGGUUGCUUCCCUCCAAAGCACAGAAACAAAAACAUAUUCGCAUCGUUAACGGCUUUUCAUGGAUGAAAUCCGAAUGGAUUUUCCAGAAACUAACUCCCCGCCUUCCUUCAUGUUUCUCCUCUAUCCUCUCCCCAUUCAGAACCCAAAAGCUCUACCAAUUCCCAUCUUCAGAUACCCCCAAACUUGUCCUCAACCAUAUAGGUAUAAGCCUCCUCUUAUCCAUCUCCGGGAAACAAGGAUUUUUCCUUCUGGGUUCCUCUAUCCACGCAUCCCUCAUCAAAAACCCUGAAAUUUGUAAUCCGGCUGGAGGUUUUAAGGAUUCCGAUAAUGCUCUUCUUGUUUGGAAUUCUCUCCUUGGGAUGUGCUCAGAAUGUGGCACUUUAACUGAUUUGACCAAGCUGUUUGAUGAAAUGCCAAUGAGAGAUACUGUUUCGUGGAACACUAUGAUAUCCGGGUUUUUAAGGAACGGGGAGUUUGAUAAGGGUUUCGGGCAUUUCAAACAGAUGAGAAAUUUGGGUUUUUGUUCGUUUGAUCAAGCGACUUUGACUACUAUUUUAUCGGCCUGUGAUGGAGUAGAGUUUUGUUAUGUUAAUAAGAUGAUGCAUGGUUUAUUGUUUUUGAAUGGAUAUGAAAGGGAAAUUAGUGUAGGGAAUGCUUUAAUAACUUCAUAUUCUAAAUGUGGGUGUUUGAGUUCAGGUAGGCAGGUUUUUAAUGAGAUGUUUGAGAGGAAUGUUAUUACUUGGACAGCUAUGAUCUCUGGGCUAGUGCAGAAUGAAUUGUAUGAAGAAAGUUUGGAAUUGUUUAGCGAAAUGCGUUUGGGAUCGGUGUGCCCAAAUUCUUUGACUUAUUUGAGCUCAUUGAUGGCAUGUUCUGGUUUGCAGGCACUAAAGGAAGGGCGUCAAAUUCAUGGUCUUUUAUGGAAGCUGGGGAUUCAGUCUGAACUCUGUAUUGAGAGUUCACUAAUGGACAUGUACUCGAAAUGUGGAAGUGUUAAUGAUGCAUGGCAGAUUUUUGAAUCUGCACAAGAUCUCGAUGAGGUUUCCAUGACUGUAAUCCUUGUUGGUUUGGCUCAAAAUGGGUUUGAGGAAGAAGCUAAACGGUUUUUUGUGAGAAUGUUCGAGUCAGGAAUUGAAAUUGAUCCCAACAUGCUGUCUGCUGUUUUUGGGAUAUUUGGUGAGGAUACUUCAUUGGGUUUGGGUAAGCAGAUUCAUUCUUUAAUCAUCAAAAGAAAUUUUGGUCGUAACUCUUAUGUCAGCAAUGGACUCAUCAACAUGUAUUCCAAGUGUGGAGAUUUAGAGGAGUCAGUCAAAGUCUUCAGUCGAAUGUCUCAAAGGAACUCAAUCUCAUGGAAUUCUAUAAUUGCAGCUUUUGCUCGUCACGGGGAUGGCUAUAGAGCACUACAGUUAUAUGAGGAGAUGAGAUCAGAAGGUAUAGAGCCAACAGAUGUUACAUUCCUCUCUUUGCUUCAUGCUUGUAGCCAUGUGGGCUUAGUCAAAAAGGGAAUGGAGCUCUUGAAGUCCAUGACUGAAGUUCACAGAAUUCUCCCUCGGGCGGAACACUACGCCUCUGUUGUCGACAUGUUAGGCCGUGCAGGACUCCUCAAUGAAGCCAAGACGCUCAUCGAGGGAUUGCCCGUCAAGCCUGAUGUGCUCGUUUGGCAAGCUCUCCUUGGCGCUUGCGGCAUUCAUGGUGAUUUCGAGAUGGGGAAAUAUGCAGCUGAUCAGCUACUUAUCGCAACACCUGAAAGCCCAGUGCCAUACGUUUCAAUGGCCAACAUAUGUUCACUUAGGGGUAAAUGGAAAGAACGAGCGAGGACCAUCAAGAGAAUGAAGGAAAUGGGGGUGGUGAAAGAAACAGGUAUAAGUUGGAUAGAGAUUGAAAAGAAAGUCCAUAGCUUUGUUGUUCAGGAUAGAAUACAUCCACAAGCUGAGGCCGUAUAUGGGGUCUUGAAGGAGCUGUUUAGACUCAUGUUAGAUGAAGGUUAUGUGCCAAAUGAGAGCUUUACUUUCAGUUACAUAGACCAAGAUGCAAGAGGAGGAUGCACUGAUCUUGUUUGUGGUGUUUAAAAACUCUAUUAGGUAAGAUAAUUUUACAAAAAUAAAAUGCUUUAUUCUUGUCAA